CUCCUGGGGAGGAAGCGAGUCGCGGAUUGGGUUUCGCCGCCGGAAGCGGGUGGACUUUUGUUGUGGCGGCGAGGAACAGGAAGCCCUGAAGGGUCAAAGGGAAUACAAAAAAGCGAAGGCUAUUUUCCUAUUCUGUUUUUUUAUUUUUUAUUUUUAUUUAUUUAUUUUUAACCCCUAAAGAGUAAGCGGCGUUGGCGGCGGCGGUUCGGGGUGAGCGCUGCCGAGGAGAGGGUGUCCCGCCUCCCGCGCGUUGGUAGAUUCCCGGACCCCAUCCCCGGAUAGUCGGCCUGAAUAGGUCUGGAGUGGGACGCAGAAAACCAGGUGCCGGCCUGGUGGUCAGAUUUCCCAGUGACUGCUUGGCUACCAGCGGGGAGACUGAUUGUUCCAUUAUGGAUGGAGGAGAUGAUGGUAACCUUGUUAUCAAAAAGAGGUUUGUGACUGAGGCAGAACUAGACGAACGGCGCAAGAGGAGGCAAGAAGAAUGGGAGAAAGUUCGAAAACCUGAAGAUCCAGAAGAAUGUCCCGAGGAGGUGUAUGACCCGCGGUCGCUAUAUGAAAGGCUGCAGGAGCAGAAAGACAGGAAGCAGCAGGAGUACGAGGAGCAGUUCAAAUUCAAAAACAUGGUAAGAGGCUUAGAUGAAGAUGAGACCAACUUCCUUGAUGAGGUUUCUCGGCAGCAGGAAUUAAUAGAAAAGCAGCGAAGAGAAGAAGAACUGAAAGAACUGAAGGAAUACAGAAGUAAUCUCCACAAGGUUGGAAUUUCUCCAGAAAACAAGAAGGAAGCGGAGAAGAAAGUGGCCGUGAAGCCCGCGGAAAGCAAGAACAAGUUCUCCCAGGCCAAGCUGCUGGCGGGAGCUGUGAAGCAUAAGAGCUCAGAGAGUGGCAACAGCGUAAAAAGGCUGAAAUCGGACCCUGACCCAGAUGACAAGAAUCAAGAAGCCUCGUCUCGCGUGGCUCUCGGAAGCACGUCCCUGGGCGGUCCCUCCCUCCACUGCCCCUCGGCUGCGGUCUGUAUCGGCAUCCUGCCAGGCCUGGGCGCCUACUCCGGGAGCAGCGACUCGGAGUCCAGCUCGGACAGCGAAGGCACCAUCAACGCCACCGGCAAGAUCGUCUCCUCCAUCUUCCGGACCAACAGCUUCCUCGAGGCCCCCUAGCUUCCCUGUCCUGAUCCAGGGAGCUCCCCCCAAGAGUAGACAGAUGGCUCCUCUGCCUGCAGGCGCUGCCUCCCUCAGAAAUCGUCUCUGCCUGCUUCCUGUGCACACCGCGGCAUUUUAACCCCGUCUAAAAACGUGCCGGCACGCGCCUGUGUCUGGUUUCUCUUUCCACUCCGCCCUGCCCCUCUCCUCACUGGUGUGUGGGGUGGGGGUCAGGGCCCAGCAGAAACCCCACUGAAAACGCCCUGGGAAGACAGGGCAGCUGGCUGGUACAGGGUUUGGGUUAUGUUGCUUUCUUGUGGUGGUUUUUUUUUUGUUUGUUUGUGGGUUUUUUUUGUUUUGUUUUUUCCCCCCCUCCCUUUCUGAACAGCACAGGGGAAGCAAGGGCCAUUUUUGGACAGGCAUUCUUUUAAACAUUCUCUCCUAGAUGAACAUAUUGCUUGGUGGCACUGUAUUGUGGAGAUGCGGACGGAGAGAACUGGUCCAGGUAAUGAAUGAAUUGGCGCGCUGCCCUGGAACUAACCAGUUCUUGAGGUUGUGUGACUAAAGAUUAAAAACUACAGCUGCA